AUAAACCAUAUAAUUAAUUAAAGCUUAAGAUAAAACGACUAAAUAAUUAUUUUAAAAUUUCAUAUAAAAGAAAUGCACUGCGAGGGGGAAUAGAGAUACUUUUCAACGAGUUGACUCAUAAAAAUAAAAAAAAAGAUAAUUUGCGUUAUUAAUUAAAUUACAAACACACGCAAAACGCAUACGCAAAACAUCGAAAGAGAAGCAAAGAUUAAGAAGAAACGGAAAGAAGAGGUAUCCGGACAACAAAUAAAUAUAUAUGUUAUGCGUAUAUACAAUCGUUAGGUAUUAUUUAAUUGGAGAGAGAGAAACAAAAGACUGAAAGUGAGUUACGUGCCAAUUGCUUUAUAAUUUCGACAAAUUAUACAUAAUAUAAGGAACUGAUCAGUCAACCAUGGCCCAAUCGACAACGACAACAACAACAACAACGGCCACAAAUGCAUCUAGCGUAAGCGAAGCAGAAGAGGUGUCUACAUCGUUAACUUUCGAGCAUUGUUUCGAAAAUCUUAUUGUUAUUGAUGCAGGCGCUAAUCUUACAAAUAAAAAAUAUAGUCGAGAUUUAGAUUCCGUUAUUCAAAGAGCUAAAGAUGCUGGUGUACAAAAAAUUAUGGUUCCCGGUACAUCAGUGCGCUCUAGUAAAGAAGCUCUACGUCUCUCUCGCAUCUAUCCUGAUAUUAUAUACUCGACUGCUGGCAUACAUCCACAUGACUCCAAAUCGAUCAUCGAAGAUCCCAGUAGUUGGUUCGAUUUCGAACAGAUCGCCAACUCGCAAGAAUGUGUGGCAAUUGGUCCUUGCGGUUUGGAUUAUCUACGUGAUUUCUCUGAACCCGAGGUACAAAAAGAAAUAUUCGAAAAACAAUUACUACUGGCUAGCAAUCUGGGUAAAGCUGUUCUUAUUCACGAACGUUCAGCUCAACAAGAUGUACUCGAUAUAUUAGAAAAAUUUGAGAAUUUGCCCCCAGUGAUUAUAAGGAGUUUUAUGGGUACAGCUGAGGAGGCCCUUAAAUAUCUAGAUAGAAGGUUCUACAUUAGUUUAACUGGUUAUUUAUGCAAGGACAAAUCAGAUACCGGCGUGCGACGUCUAUUAGAUAAUGGAACCUUACCUUUAGAUCGUUUAUUGGUCGAAACAGAUUCACCUUUUAUGUAUCCGAACACACGUGCUUCCAAAUUGCCUCAACAUGUUAAGACUGGCAUCACCGAACGUUCUUUGCUCUACUUGCACAGAUAUUGUACCUUUCAACGUAAUGAACCCUGUUCAUUGCCAGCUAUUGUGGAAAUGAUAGCAGCCUUUAUGAAGAAGACGCCGGACGAAGUGGCUUUAGCUACAGCUUUUAACGCUUUAAAACUCUUCGGUCUCUCUUAAAUUUCGAAAGUUUACAACGUGAUGAACACUCUGAAACAAUAACGGUGAUGCUUUAGUAUAAAAUUAACAUUGAACAAUUACACUAAGUGCCAAACUAUACAUAUUAGUUUUGUUAAAGAAAUGAAACUAAACAAAACAAAUCAGUAUAUAACGAAAGAAAGAAGAGUGAAAAAGGUGCCUUAAAAAUACGCUCAUGAUUAACAGCAACCAUUAUUUGUUACUCCUUUAAUGGCAUCAGCUUUACCUCCACGAAUUGAUUUUUUUAACGACGCUUUGAAUUAAUUUAACUAAAAUACGAUUCAAAGCGAUAUUUACCUAUUAUACCUAUACGUAUGUAUAUAUAUAUGUAUAUAUACAUAUAAACGCAAAUCAUUAUAAAUAGAAAGUGAAUCUUUAAACGAAAUUUCACUUCGCUUAAUAUGAGAAAUCGAUAUGAUAAAGAUUUAUUUAUUUAACUUUCGCAUAGAGAAUUAAGUGAAUUGAACGUUCAGCAUAGCUUGAUUGAAUUAAAGUGAAGUUGCAUAUGGAGAGUGGGAGAUUAUAAAUCAUUAAGUUGUACAAGUUGUUCUGAAAUUGACAAGAAAUUAAACUGAAUUAAAAGUCUAAUGGACUUGCCAGAAAAGUUUAUAAUCAUCAUUAAAUAAAUUAAAAAUCAAUCAGUUAUUAAUUUAAAUUAAAUAUUUUGCUACUCUCUUGGCUUUAUUUGCGCUUUUUUUAUUUAUUUAUUUUUUGCUUUUUUAUGCGAAGCUUUGCCUACCAUUUUUUUUUUUUCUAAAUAUAUUUUUGUUAAUUUAUGUAUAUAUUUAUUUGUAUUUUUCUAUUUAAACAUUAUACGUUAUAGAUACAAAGAUACAUAUUCUUUACAUUUUUUGCUGUGUUCUAAUAGUAAGCGUACUUCUACAUAUACUCUAUAUAUGAAUAUAUAAAUAUCACUUUUCGCAUAUUUGAUUAUUUAUAUAACUAUAAAAAUGUGUGUGCCUUGAAGUCUACAUAUUAAUAUAUAUAUAUAUAUAUAUAUAUCGUCCAUAUUUAUACAAAAAAAAAAAAAUUAACAUUUUUUAUAUUAUACUAUCUUGUUGCAUGAUCUUAAGAAUGAAAUUGUGAUCACUUAUAAACAUAUAUAGAAAUAUGGUUACACAUAUAUAUUUUUUAUUAAUCUGUGUAUUUGAAUAGCAGUUAGUAAAGGGUUCAUAUAAACAUAUAUAUCCAUAUAAGCACGCGUUUUACAUACCGUCACGCCUUAAAAAACAAAUUGUUAUAUACAAAUAUAUAUAGAAAUAUAAAUGAAGGUCCACUAAUUAAACAAAUAGGAAUUUCAAAACAAAUAUU